AUGGCGAAAAACUCUCUUGAUUAUAAUAGUCCUUUGCUUUCUAAACAAGCUGAUGAAACUGAUUAUGGUUGUGUCAGAAAGAUGUCACCUUUUGUUCUGUCAGCUACCAAAUGGACUCUUAGGACUUUGAUUUUCAUAAUCUUUGUUUUAUGGGCUGCUUUCAUUUUUCUGUUACCAUCAGAACCUGUUCAUAAAUUGUUCGUAAACUGGCUUAUUUUCAGCCGUGGAACUUCCUUUGGAGUUACAGGAAGCAUUUUAAUGAGCCACAGUGUUCCUGUUCUUGCAAUUGCAUUCCUUGCCAUUGCACACCUGAUUAUUUCUGGGGAGGAUCAGCUUCCUGAGAAGAAGAGUUCCAAGUAUCCAAGAUUUCGCCUAUGGACUUUUCCUCUGCUUAUCAAUGGACCGUUUGGGGCUCUUGCAGAUAUGUCUGAUCAGUUAUCUUUUAGAGCCCAGAGCUUGCUCAUGUUGGAUGUUAUGGGAUCUCGUUUGGGUGCAAUUGGAUUAGUGUGCUUGGCGUUUUUAUUUCUUCCGAUUUCAAGGGGAUCGGUUCUUCUCCGUUUCAUAGAUAUCCCUUUUGAACAUGCUACAAAAUAUCAUGUAUGGCUAGGACACCUCACAAUGGUGCUUUUUACUCUCCAUGGACUCUUCUUUGCUAUUGUGUGGCUAAUGGAAGGUCGACUAAUUAAAGAAUUAUUAGAAUGGAAAGAUAUUGGUGUUGCCAAUCUUGCAGGAGUUAUCAGCCUUGUAGGUGGUUUGUUGAUGUGGGUGACCUCGCUUCCUGGAGUGCGAAAAUGGAAUUUCGAGUUGUUUUUCUAUACUCACCAAUUAUACGUAGUCUUUAUCGUCUUUAUGGCUUUCCAUAUUGGCGACUUUAUUUUCGCUAUGGCUGCUGGACCGAUAUUUCUAUUUGUGCUCGACCGGUUCCUGAGGUUCUGCCAAUCAAGAAGGACAGUUAAUGUUAUCUCGUCGAGGUGCCUGCCGUGCGGUACCGUGGAAAUGGUUCUAUCAAAACCUCAAAAUUUGAGAUACAAUGCACUAAGCUUCAUUUUCCUUCAAGUUCGGGAACUAUCGUGGCUGCAGUGGCAUCCAUUCAGUGUUUCUUCUAGCCCUUUGGAUGGAAAUAAUCACAUUGCAGUUCUCAUAAAGGUUCUAGGAAAAUGGACUGGGAGAUUAAGAGAAAGCAUCACUAAUGUUGAUGCACCAGAGGAUUUAUCUGUUAAGCCUAAUACCGUGGUAACAGCUUCCGUUGAGGGUCCGUAUGGACAUGAAGUACCAUACCACUUGAUGUAUGAAAAUCUUAUAUUAGUGGCUGGUGGUAUUGGACUUUCGCCUUUCCUUGCUAUAUUGAGCGAUAUUCUCCACCGUGUGAGGGAGGGGAAACCUUGUAGACCAAGAAAUGUUUUAAUUGUUUGGGCAGUGAAAAAAUCAAACGAGCUUCCACUUCUUUCGACCGUUGACAUGGAAACAAUCUGUCCAAACUUUUCUGAUAAAGUGAAUAUCAAUAUACAUAUUUUCGUCACUCGAGAAUCAGAUCCUCCAUUGGAAGAGGGAUACAUUUUCAAACCAAUAAAAUCUUCACUCUGUCCCUUCCCAAUGCCUAGCGAUUACGGAAUGUCGGGUUUGGUUGGUACAGGAAACAAUUUUUGGUCAGGACUAUAUGUCAUUUCAUCUACCUUGGGCUUUGUGAUCUUACUUGCCUUGUUGAAUAUUUACUAUAUAAAUCCAUUUGGUGUGUAUAAAUGGUGGUACAAAGGGCUACUAUUUGUAGUCUGCAUGGUUGCAAGUGUUGUUAUCUUUGGUGGCAUAGUGGUUGGAUUUUGGCAUAUGUGGGAAAAGCAAAGUUCUCUCAAGGAUAAUUCCAAUAACAUUAAGGUUGAUAAAAUCGCGGAAAAUGGCAAUGUAGCUUCCAAGGAUCCAAGUCGAGACAAUCUUGCAAAGUUAACCGAUGUUCGAUAUGGUUCUAGGCCAGACUUUAAAGACAUUUUUGAAUUGAUGUCAGAGAAAUGGGGGCAUGUUGAUGUUGGUGUUAUAGUUUGUGGUCCUCCAACUCUUCAAUCAAGUGUUGCACAAGAAAUCAGGUCACAUAGUUUGACAAGACAAAGUUAUCAUCCCAUCUUCCAUUUCCACAGUCAUAGCUUUGAUCUUUAG